AUGGGGCAAGUAACCGAUGAGGCUUGUCAGAGAUGCGGCGUGUAUGGACUGACGACAGAGAGCUGGUACGAGUCCUCGAUGAUGAGCCGACCAAGCCUCGCAUCCCUCAGAAUAGGGGCCGAAGAAGGAUGUCCCUGCUGCCGUAUUGUGGUGGAUGCGUUGGACACGAGGAAGCCGCGAUGGAUAGUUGGCGAUGGAGGUACUAUUGGUUUGGACUGGUUACCCGGAAUCGGGACUCUGCGUGUUCGCGAGUCCGACGACGUCCAGGAUAGUAUCUACAUCUGCCGCCAUAUUGACAGCACACGGGGCCGAGAAGACAGCGAGGACCUGUUUCUGGGCACGCGCUUCUCUGCCAGACCAGAGGUUGUAUCGGACACAACGAGCAGUCUGUCUUUGGAUUGCGCCGCUGCUUGGCUUGCAGACUGUGAUGCGAAGCACCCAGCCUGUGCCGAGCCGUUCUUCCGAUCGCCAGGCUUGACCAGAAGCAACAUCGCCGAGGGAGAUACGUCGGCCAAGCAUAUGCCAAGCCGCGUCCUUGAUGUGCAAGCAAAUGGUGAGCAAGGUGCCAGUGACAGCAUUCGCCUUGUUGAAGGCCUCACGCCACCCCAUCCCUACGUGGCUCUCAGCUACUGCUGGGGCAGCGACCUAGACAGCGUCUGCAAGACCACGGUGGUCACGAGACAGGCGCACCUGCAGUCCAUCACCGUGGCGGAUCUUCCCCAGACCAUCCAGGAUGCCAUUCUGGUGUGUCGGCGGCUGCAUGUGCGUUACCUUUGGGUGGACUCGCUUUGCAUUGUGCAGGACGACAUGGACGACUGGUCGCGCGAGGCAGCUGACAUGUGCAAUGUCUACCAGUGGUCGUAUGUCACGAUCGCCGUGCAUUCGGCCACGUCCUGUAAGCAGGGCUUUCUUGGGAAACAGCGGUUCGGGCAGCCUGAGUGCCAGGAGGUCUUUUGGACAGAUGCAAGCAGCGCGACUGAUGGAGGGGGACCCGGCAAGACGAAAACAAAGAUGCUGCUCCGCGUCCGUGACAAGGCAUACGAAGAGACAGAAACGGCAUUGGACAAACGUGCCUGGACCUUGCAAGAGGCGGUUCUUCCCCGGCGCGUGCUGCGCUUCUUUGGCUAUGAGAUGGCGUGGGAGUGCCAGACGACAAACCAGUGCGAGUGUGGUGGCGAUCUGGACAACUUCGCGUCGCAUUUGCCGUUGCUGGGGCUCGAAUUCCGCCAGCUCGAGGACACCGACAGCGACACAGGGCCUGCAUCACGGAGCGACAAUGCUGGCUUGUCUGCGUAUGGUGACAGCGAGGACUCCGAUGGCACGCCGUCGCUUCCCGGCGAUGUUGCUUCCAGCAAUGGGGGCGAUGCAGUGGAAGCGCCAACCGACUCUCGAUACGACGAUACAUCUCCGCCCACAAACGCAUUGGCUGGCCGCAAUUGGAUGCGCCUGGUGGAGCAGUACUCACAGCGUAGCCUCACCCAGCUGUCGGACAAGCUCAUCGCCAUUGACGGCCUAGCACGACUGGUAACAUUGGCCACAACGGGCCUGGAGGAUGCGGUAGCCAGUUCGCCGGCCGGGGACCACACAGUGAUCCGCCCUGCGUACGUCGAAGGACUGUUCCGUGCCCAUUUCCCGUCGCAGCUCCUGUGGCGUGUCAGGCACACAGAUACACCCAACCAAAAAGAGGCUGUUUUCGCACCGGAGGAGGAUGCUGUGUCUCCCUCACAGGACGACAGCGAGGGCGAGCAUCAGGAGCCCGCAACGUGGCCUGUGGAUGGCGCAGAGCCGCUAUGGGUGCCGUCUGCGACCUGCCGGCCUGACACGCUCGAGGCUCCUUCGUGGUCUUGGGCGUCGGUAGAGGCUCCUGUCGAGUAUCCGUUUGGCUUUCUCGAACAGACCGACAGCCUGUUGGAGGUCAGAGAUUUUGCACCCCGGCCGUUCACGGCGCCCGCAGGCACCGGCCGCAACAUAACCGUGUUGCAAGCACGGACGCGAGCUGUUCCUGUCUCUAUGCGUGUGGCAUCGUGGACGCUGAGUGAAACACAGCUGGUCCGCCUGCAUAUCGUGCGGUCCAUGAGCGGCGUAGCGUUCACCUUUUCACCCGAUGAGGAACGGCAGCCGGAUCUACACCUCGACGAUCCCGCAUUGCCAUGCUGGGUGGCCCAUGGGAACUUUUCCGACCGCGCUCUUCGCCGAGAGUGGUGUGCACGGCGAGCUAAGGCCGCCCAAGCUGUGGGCAGUGGUGCGAUCUCCUGGCGAGAAGGCUGUCAGCACAGGCCACGAAGCUCUAGCUCCAGGUGGUGUCCAACGUGCCGCUUCCCCGACAAGGGGUGGGGGUGGAACGAGAGGGGCCCGGAUAGGCAGUACUCCUGGUCAAUGUGCUGCGUGGAGGUCUUGGGCCGAAAAUAUCCAGGCUCUACGGGCAUCCACUUUCUCGUACUUGGUCCGUCAACGCGCGUGAAGGGAGCCUGGACGCGCAUCGGGGCCGGCAACUACAUUCGGUGGGAUCAUCACCCUCUGCAGAACGACUUGUUUUGGAGAGGCAGAGUAGAGCAUCUUUCCAUCGUUUAA